UUUAACUCCCAAAAAAAAAUCCACAUUCGACACUCGGUGAUGAUUUAGUUAUGAAAAAUUGAAUUUUUGAGGUUUCAGUUAUUCAGUGAAAUUGGACGAUAAAAUCCUUCGUCUCUAUCUCUGCAACACACUCGUUCGGUUCCAGCGACUGCCGCCAUUUCUGGAGAGAGAAAAUGGAGUUUGUUCAUAAAAUAGUUGACAUAGCCAAGAGAGCUUCAGAGAAUAACACAGUGAUCAAUGUUGGUUUGGGUGCUGUUUUUGCAAUUCUGGGAGCGAGAUCUUAUAAUCAGCAAAAGAUCAUUGAAGCUUUAGAAGCUGAGAAGGAUUCGUUAACCAAAACUAAUAAGUCUAUUAGGAACACUCUCUGGGAUUGGAAACAGCAGCUUUAUGCCGAAGCGGCAUCUGAUUCGGCUCCGGUUCCUUUGGCAAGACUCUAUGAAAUUUACGGCGAAGCCGCGCCUCCUCAACAAUCUGCACCUGGAGAUCCUGUGAGGAAAGAUGCUAAUCCAGCUGGUCCAGCCAAAAUAAUGAUCUGAGAUCUGAAUUGCUGUCAGGGUUUUAGAAGCUUUUAGCGUUGCAAGGCUGUUAAUAAAAUAUUUUCUGAGAGUAGGAACAUAUAAUUUUGUCAUCAUAUUAUUUUUUCAUUGGCAAGUAGAUGUAAAACUUGGAGGAAAAUUGUUUAUUUAUAUACACAGAAAUAAUGUAAUUGUUUGCAUAAGGAGGAUGUUAAUGUCAUUUUUUUUGAGCAAA